CCUUACGAAAGAGGGAAAGAAAGAAAGAGGGAGAGGGAAAAAAUGGCAUCGGCAAGCAGAUCAGCGUUAAUGUCUGGUUUGCGAACAAUCGCAUCUCAAACCACCGUAAUAUCAAGAACCCUAGCCCAAAAACAUGUACCCAUUUCUCCAUUUUCUUCAUCUACAAGAACACUCCCUCGUGCAGCUUCAAGGAUUGUUGGGGCAUUGGGAAUGGUUGAAUCCAUGAUGCCUCUUCACAGCGCAAUUGCAUCUGCUCGUCUCAAAUCGAGCCUUGCAGUUGAUUCCGCCUGCUGGAGCUGGCUUUCACAAGGUCUUGGAACAUCAUUGUGAUAAGAUUUGCAAGAUUGAUACAAGAAUGAGCUUUAGGAAAUUUUAAUCAAUUUUGGACCUUGCAAAUUGUACCAAAUAUGUUAUAAGUGGUACUUAAAACUUUUUUGUAUUUUAAUUACAAGAUUUGUUCAUUGUCCUUGUCCUUCUAUGCUCAUUCUUCUCAAUAAAUUUUGUAAAGAUAGUUUAUUGGUG